AUGCUUUGCCCUGCAACAUUGAAGGUCACAGAGUUUAAAGCCUGUCAUCGUUUAUUAUUCAAGCUACAGACCAUGCAUGAUGGCCCAGGAAAAGUCAACAAGGCUGUGAAUUUUGUCCAAGAAGGGCAUUCUGAUCUUACGUCGCAGGGCAAAACCGAGGAAGAUGAGCAGAUGAGAUUGGAAGUAGACUCAAAGAGAAAAGAACGCAAAUCUCUUCAGGAGCAGUUGAAAGAGAAUGCUGCAAUGAAACAGGAAGAAUUCAAUUUGCUUGUCAAAGAGAAGAAUAGUUUCAAUCGGUUAAGUGAAGAAGACAUUGACUUUUACAGAAAACUCAAUUCAAAAUCGAAGCUCGAUCAUCAGCAGAUGGAGAAGUAUUUAAUCAGAAACAUGAAACAGUUCGAAGAAAGGAAGGCGCAAGUGUUACAAGAUGAUGGUUUACAAGAGAACCAUGGCAUUGACACAGUUGAGAUCACAAAAAACGUCAUUGUAAAGAAGAUGAAGUCAAGACAACGCCUAAAGGGAGUUAUUAAGAAGAAGAAGUCAUCGGGAGGAGCGAAACCAACAUAA